CCAGUGUGGUUUCGUUUCAGGAACUGGUAUGUUUUGGUUCUGGGACGUUGCUUCUUCCACAUGCACGGUUUUAUAGACUGUCACUGUCACAUCUCUGCUCGAGAUUUUGACGAGGAUUUAGAUGAGGUGAUUGAGAAUUCAAAGAAGGCAGGCCUGCUGGCUCUGUUGGCUGUGGCAGAGCAUGCUGGGGAGUUUGAGAAGAUCAUUUCCUUGUCACAGAGGUUUCCAGGUUUUAUUUUCCCCUGUUUAGGAGUCCAUCCUGUUCAAGAAGUUUCUCCAGAGCAGCAGAGGGGGGCGCUAGUCCAGGAUCUAGAUGCUGCUUUGCCAAUCAUAGAGCAAUACAAAGACCACCUGGUUGCUAUUGGGGAGGUUGGUUUGGAUUUCACACCCAGAUAUGUGAGCAGUGAUGCUGAUAAAGAAAGUCAGAGGCAGGUCCUGAUCCGUCAGGCUCAGGUAGCCAAGGAGCUGGAUCUCCCUCUAAAUGUUCAUUCACGAUCAGCANUAAAGAACAAACUGUUCCGUAAACUGCCACUAGGGGUCAGCAAAGCCCUGUUACACGCCUUCGAUGGGAAACCGUCUGUUGCCAUGGAGGGAGUAAAGGCGGGAUAUUUCUUUUCCAUCCCACCGUCAAUCGUUCGCAGUGAACAGCAGAAACUAGUGAAACAGCUGCCUUUAGAGAACAUCUGUCUGGAAACUGAUUCACCAGCUCUGGGUCCGGAAAAGCAGGUGAGAAAUGAGCCUAAAAACAUUAGUGUCUCUGCUGAAUACAUCAGUCUGAUUAAAGGAGUGCCAGUGGAGAAGGUGAUGGAGAUAACGACGCAGAACGCCCUCAGACUCUUCCCAAAGCUCAAGUCAGUCAUCAGACUCUGACAUGGCCUUGUUUCAUUAUUUUUAAAAAGAUAAAUUAUGAAAAAUACUCCCCUAAAAACCAGGACCGUUUCUUUGUUAAACCAGUUCUUUUAUCACCAUUUGUGAUAUUCUAGAGUGAAUAAAGAUGAUGAAACACGUGU